AUGCUCUCGUCUGACUGUCCCUUUUUAUAGUAUUCUGGCGCUCGGCUUCCGGUCAUCCCGUCCACCUGGCUCGGACAGGCUCGGACAGGCUCGGCGGGUAGCUGGAGAUUGUAUGCGGCGACUGUUUCCCCUUCCACCUCCACGGGACCCGAGGCGUCCAUUUAGGAAGCAGAAAUGUUGCCAAUUCCGCUCGUGUCCAAAUCAUCGCCCUUCUAUCUUGCAGAAGACCCUGGUCGAGUGUUCUGCAGGGGGGGAGCUCUUGAUAGCUCCGGGCGCCCUCCUGCCACAUCCUUCAACAGUCGCUCGUAUUCCUCGACGGGCAAUGCCUCGAGGCUCGAGGUCGAAGCUACACGAAAUCCAGGAACACGACUCCUGACCGAACGAGAACUAGUCACUCGCUUACUGACUAUGUACUCCUCCCGGCCCGCGCAACCUUCCGGAAAAGGAAGGAGCAUCGAGACGUGGCGGGCGAUACCUCGACGGUACGCAGGGCUGGGGGGGAUUCUCCGCCAGCGCCAAGUACCGGCAAGUACUGCUCCAUACCAUCAUCAGAUACCUCCUUCCUUUUCGCCCUCUUGCUCAAUCGAUCCGAUCUACUUAAUCCUUAAUCCAUAUAUUUGCCUUUGCUGGCCGUAUGGAUUUCUAUCGCCAGGUUGACGGAGGGAUCGGGUCAAGGGUGGAUGCUCAAUAUCUGCCGGGGGAGAAGAACUCAGCCUACCUACACUAUCUAUACUAUCUAUACUAUCUACACUUGACGAAGAUUGAAUUGGAUGACCCUCAUGAUAAUUGAACGAAAGAACCCCGCCGGUCAUGGCCGUCGUCAUCAGUGCGGCUAACACCCGCCAUC